AUGAAACCAGCCGUCUGCCUGCACUGGCUGCUGUCGCUCUGCGUCCUGGCGCUCGCCGUGGACACAGACACAACGACGCCGGUGACCACCACGGCGGCGCCGGCUACCACGGCGGCUACCACCACGCCCACAACUGCCGUCACGCCGGCUACCACCACACCGGCUACCACCACACCGGCUACCACCACGCCUGCGCCAGCUGCCACUGCCGCCGCCACAACAACGUCCUCGUCGUCCUCCACCACGGCGCCAACUACCAAAACCACAAACACCCCCACGACAACAGGCACCGGCACAACCGCAACGCCCGCCACCACGGACACAAACACCGGCACCACAUACACCCCGCUCACGACCCUCCCGAACCCAACCACAACCAGCAUCGACCACAACACCUGGGUCUGGCUGACCAUCACAAAGGGAGCCGUCGUGUACGCCACGUCCAGCGCCUACGUCCAGCAGUUCACGUCGAUGUACAGCACCAUCGCAACCUUCUCCUCGGGCACCAUCGGCCUCGGCACCAUCAAGGGCACGGUCGGCACAACCAGGGUCUACCGAACCGUCUGA